GGUAGACCUCAAAAUACAAACCCGAUCCUUGAUUUCAUAAAUCCUAAAUUAUUCAAAUCAAAGUAAUUCAUGGCUAAUUUUUGCGCAGAUAAAUGUGUUUUCUUGUCCAUCGUAUCAAAAUAAAUCAUGACUGAUUGUUUGGAAGUUGUGAUUGUUAAAUAGAUGUACAAUAAUGAAUACAUGUAUUGAUGAAUCUGGUGCGUUAUAAAAAAAACAGUGUGAGGUAAUGUGUGAUUAGUGGAUGUGUCGUAUAUACUGGCUGAUCCAGGGGGAGUCCUCCCUUGGUCACGAUCCAACCCUCCUCUGGGUGUCGAGCUAGUAUAGCAAAUGAGAUUUGUUUGUUUCCGUCCCUUGCCGCCUCUUUCACUCUAGUGCUAGUCAAUAUCUAGUUUUCUAUUCUAACGUGACUUAGUAUUAUACUAUGUCCUAGAUUUGUCGCUGACCAUAAUUAAGAAAACCUAAUUAUUUGGUACAAACUACAAACUCAAAUGCAUCAUUAUGAAGGAACAUAUAUACAUAACUUGUGGUAUGGAAUUAUGGAGUAUGGACUGUAGAGUAUGGUCGGGCAAUAAUUUGGGCGGUGUUUCCGGCGAAGGGCCGGUCGGCCGGCCACAAAUCAUUAUCAAAUGCCAACAAAAACAAAAUAGUUUUCUCUAUUUCUUUUCCUUUUUCUUUUUGUUCGGUUUGUUUGGUUCCAAAGUGUGGGAUCAGGGUGUGCUUGGUGGAUGAAGAAUGGCCACUUGACCUGCAAUCGACAUAACACAACAGCUAAUCACCCAUUUAAUUGCCAGCUAAUGACUCUGAAUUGAUGCUGAUCAGAAUCCCACUAUUUCGUCACUCUUUCUUUUGGACAACCGUCCGACGCCAAAUCUCGUCCACCACAAAUGCUAAUGACUCACUGAUUUGAAGAUAAUUACUGUUUUGAUAUGUUAUAGGUAAACGAUGAUUUUGGUUAAACUCCAAGUAAGAAUUUACUGGAGUUCGAUGGACAAUGAUAGGUUAUUUCAUCGAUCAAUUGAGAGAUUACAUUACCGAAAGAUUGUGAUUGUAUUCUAUAUGAUUGACAAAAGUAGAUCAUUUGAUACUCCGGUCGACCUUGUGAGUGUAAAUUAAAAUCAAUCAAUUGCAUUUAACUUCGAUAACAUACAAGUACUAAGUUUUUUAUUUUUCACGUAUUUUUCCCGGUGUAGUUGCAAUUGUAAAUUGGUUCAUUCUACUUGACAGCCUUCCUAGGAAAGAUGAAGCAGGGUAAUUAAAUAAAGCAGGUGGUGUCGAGAAUCCUCCCAUCAUAUGUUGCUUCAGGCCGUGACAACUGACAAAAUCAUGCAAGGCAAAACUAAUUAAGCAUACUCUCACAUGAUAAUAUGUCCCCCCAUAACCGCACUAAUCAGAGUAAUUAAUUAAGUAAUGGCCCUAAACAUGACUCAUCACUUACAACACAUGUGGCAUCCCCAUCAACGGAUAUUUUCAACCUCUAUAUAUAUCGUGGAGGAACAAUCAGAUUUACGUUAUUAAUUCACAUAAUUCGAAUCGAUUAUAUGUUUUAGUAUCGUCAUUUUUAUAUUUUCGAUAGAACAAUAGACCGAUAAUCUGAUAAUGUCCCUUUUAAGCUUACUAAGUAUAGUACAGCUGUACAGGCUACACAUUUUGUAUAUAUAACAAACCGUAACCCCUCAUCCCCAAUUGAAACGAGCCCCCUACACCGAUAAACUAUUGUUCUGUGGUCUCAGUUUCUUAUCAAUUUUUUUUUUAUUAAAACCUAUUGGGUAUAUGACUCGGAUCUCGCCGCGCCAAGGAAGCACCCCGCCACCGCCGUCAGAAGAGUCGGGCGCGUUAGCACCGACGCAACCAAGAAGGCACACCAGUGCCACUGCAGGAGAGUCGGGCGCGUUAGCACCGACGCGACCGAAGCCACACCCCGAACACCGAACGACGACGUGUGAGUCUAGCGUUGACCAAAUCAGCAAACCGUGGAAACGACGCCGCGUCCCCCCUGAUGAGUGGUCACCAUCAUAGUCCUAGGUAUAAUAAUAGACUAAAUGUACUUGUGGACUAAAUGUACUUGUGGACUAAAUAGAGGUAUGGUCUAGACCUCUGACAUGUCAGUAGCCAUGUCACCAUGUAACUCACCCACCACCAUGUAGCCUAUAAAUAUGACAUUUACUUUGGUGGGUGAGGGGAUCGGAUUUUUCAGACUCUAUCUCUAGAAACAACCAACUUCUCUCUCUAAAAUACAACUCUCUUAAUCUCAUUUCUCCUUUCCUUUGUUCUUGACUUUACGGCCGAUUCUCAUUGCUUACUCUUCUCGACCCAUCUUCCCGAACCUCACUCCUACACUCAGUUAGGUUCAAACAAAACCGAAAUUGAUAAAUAGAAUAUGAACCUUAUUGGUUUCGAUUUAAACCGAAAAACAAAAACCAAUAUCCCAAGUCAUGCACGUAUACGUGCACACCAUAUCACUUUUAAUCCUUCCUUAACUACCUCCAACCAUCUGUAUCGUUCCAAUUUUACCGGAUGUCCCCGAAAGAAACUACUACGCACGCAUCCAACCAUCUUUUGGAACAAAGUAUGAACACAAAAUUUUAUGUACAACAAUGGGAAGACUUUACACAGCAGGCCUGAGUGUAUGAUUUUGUAUCUGAAGAAGAAGAAGCAAAUAAUGCCACGAACAAACUGAGGCUUUACACGUAUCCUUCAUGUGGAAUUCACACCUUGGUUACGUGGAUUCGACAAGAUUCUUGUCAACACAAACAAAAGAAAGGAACUCCAUAGAUAGAUGUUAUAUGAACGUGAUGGGCGCGCAGUCCAUUAUUUGAGGAAUCUCCCAGAGACUUUGGUGAGUGAGUGUGCAUGUGUCGGAACUUGAUUGGGUUUCUGUGUUGUUUAUAGAGUAUAAAGAAAUCCAAAGUAAUUAGCUUGAAGAAUGGUUGUUGUUAGCUAUUGAUUGGCAGUGAAAAAGGAAGCGUAACGGUCAAAUUGGUUUGAAUAAUUGAAAGUUGGACCUAAAGAUAAGAGAUCCUAAUCACACUUUGAUUAUUUGAUCAAAUGGAAGGAAUUCCAUCAUAAAUUUUAGAGAGCUAAUUUAAUCUGUUUCUGAUGGGAGGCUUUUUGGCGUAUACUUGCAGAGUUGAUAAUUGACACCAAUAUAUUAUUGAAGGUAAUUAGGUAUCAAAGUUGUCUGAUUAUGGAACAAAAAAAUUGUAAAGAGUUUUUUUUUAUCAUCCUCAAAGAAAGUUGAAAAUGAGCCAAAAAGAGAACUAACAUGCCCCCAAUGAAAGAGCACAAGUGAC